AUGCCCGAGCCCAACGGUGGUGGAGGAGGAGUGAAGAGAGAUGGGCUGAAGAAAGGGUCCAUUAAUGAGGGUGGAGGAGAGCAAGGAAAUGGGCUGAAGAAGGGCCCAUGGACUGAGUCGGAGGAUGCGAUCCUGAGAGAGUACGUGAUGAGGCAGGGAGAAGGGAACUGGAAUGGUGUACGGAGGAAGACAGGGCUGAUGAGGUGUGGUAAGAGCUGUAGGCUUCGAUGGGCUAACCAUUUAAAGCCUGAUCUCAAGAAAGUCCCUUUUUCGCCUGAAGACGAAUUCAUCAUUGUUGAUCUCCACUCCAAACUUGACAACAAAUGGGCUCGCAUGGCUAGCGAGUUGCCUGGUAGAACUGAUAAUGAAAUCAAAAACUUUUGGAACACAAGAAUGAAGAGGCGUAACAGAGCUGGUUUGCCUAAAAACAUUAAUAAUAAAGAUGAACUGAACCAAGAUGGAUUAGUUGCAUUGGCACAACGACAAAUUAAACCUCUGAAAAUUUCGUCAUUUGGGUCACUCGUCCUUUCAUCGUCGGAUCCGAAUUGUAGUUCAAUUCCAUUCAACCUCUCAACACCAACAAACCCGCUGUUACAAAUGAAUCCUCCCUACACCAAUGAUCAGAGCCAUCAACUCCAGUUUUUACACCCGGUUUCUCUAUUCGGAGCUCCAAAUCCAACUUGGUAUAACCCGAACCUUGCGUUGGCAGCUGCAGCGCCGUCAUUGAUUCAAUAUGGACGUAAUGAUAUGAGUUACACUUCAAUGAUGAUGGGAGCUAUUGCUGAGCCUGAAGGGCUCCCUUCAAUCCAAACACCUCCUCCUCCUGUCUCAUCUAAUGAAGACGGUGGUGAUUGUGAGUCGACGGAGAAUUUUAUCUAUAAUAUCAAUGGCUACGAAAUUGAGACUAGUGGUUUGUUGGACGCCCUGGUGCAGGAAUCACAUGCUAAGUAUUCACGUAAGACAGAAAGUACAUCCCUGGGAUCCGAGAAGGGUAAUAAGGCAGUCGUAGUCAUUGAUGGUGAGAAUGAGGACGACGACGAUGGGGAAACUGCGAGUAAGCGCUUUAAACUGGCAUUAAUUGGUGAUGGUAUUGAUGAUGCCUCGGGUGAUAAUGGCUUAUUGCAGCAAUGGAAUAACAUGAGAGCAUCGCAAUCACAAUCACAAUCAACUGUUGGUGGGAUGGAAACGAGUGAGGAGAUGAACUCCAUGGAUGAAGAUUUGAUGAGCUUGCUGAGUGACAUCCCUACACCAAUGCCACUAACUGAAUGGUACCGGGCAAGCAGCUAG